CCGGAGACGUCCUAUAUAAACUGAACUCCGAGUCUCUCACUCGACCACACACUAGGUUAGUUACAUCACUUCUGGUUGCUAAUUGGUGACUCUUGUAGUUCUUCUGCACAUCGAUCAAUCGUGUGGUGGCGACAAUGAAGGUCGUGAAUCCGCCGGGCAGUUCUUCUCUCACGCGGCCGACCGCUCGCUGCUCGUCCGGCGGCGGCCUACUAUGCGGGGUGCUGCCGAUGCGAUCGACCAGAGAUCCCCGGCCUGCCGUCGCCAGAGUCGCCAAGAACAGGCCGGAAGUUGGAGGAAAUGCUGCGAGCAUGCCAAAUCCGUUAGGAUCACUAUAUUGCAAGGUCGAGAAGAAGGCUAGAGAGACUCGAACAAAGAAGCAGCUCCACAAACCUCAAGACGAGCCAACUUAUCAGGAAAGUAUACAUCUCCAACUUUCCAUGGUGGAUGUGCUCCAAAAGAUCGGUAUAUCUCGGCAUUUUGCCAGUGAGAUCAAGAGUAUCCUGGAUUUUACAUACAGAUAUUGGUUACAAAGAGAUGAAAUCAUGCUGGACGCAGAGACAUGUGCCAUGGCGUUCCGCAUCUUACGGAUGAAUGGGUACAGCGUAUCAGCUGAUGGCCUGUCACAUAUCUCCACCGAUCUGAGUGACACGAGAUCUUUGUUGGAAUUGUACAAGGCUUCACAAGUUGGCACUUCAGACGAUGAGUUGAUUCUGGAUAUUAUAGGAUCCUGGUCAGGUUACCUACUGAGGCAACAACUGAAAUCUAAUGAUGCACAAAGAACCCUACUCCUAAGAGAGGUAGAACAUGUUCUUGAUAGCCCCUUCUACACCAUGUUGGAUCGUCUGGAACAUAAGAGGAACAUCGAACAAUUUGACGUAAUCGAGCAUCCCAUCCAACAACUGACUUGGCAAACAAAUCAAGAUCUUCUAGCUUUAGGUGUCAUGGAUUUCAGUACAAGUCAAUCUAUAUACCAAGAAGAAUAUCAGUAUCUCGACAGUUGGGUGAAAGAGAGCAAGCUGAACCGGCUACCUUUCGCACGACAGAAGUUGGCAUAUUUCUACCUCUCAGCUGCCAGCACCAUGUUCCCUCCAGAGCUAUCUGAUGCUCGCAUCCUAUGGGCCAAGAAUGGUGCGCUCACAACGGUUGUCGAUGACUUCUUUGACGUUGGGGGAUCAAAAGAAGAAUUGCAGAACCUCACUGCAUUAGUCGAGAUGUGGCAGAAGCAAGAGGAAACCGAGUACUACUCUGAACAAGUCAAGAUCGUGUUCUGUGCAAUCUAUAGCUCAGUGAACGAACUUGGAUCAAAGGCUUCCGCAGUGCAAGGUCGCGAUGUCACCGGACACCUAGUAGAAAUCGUUAGUCUAAUCAUACACAGUCUCAUGUUCGUAGAAGGCUAUUUUGUUGUUACGAAGACUGAUGACACACUCAGUUGCCUUGUGCAGUGGCAAGAAUUGCUACGGAAUAUGAUGACCGAGGUGGAAUGGAGAACGACCGGAUACGUUCCAACUCUAGAUGAGUACAUAGAUAAUGCAGUUGUGACAUUUGCGUUGGGCCCUAUUGUGCUUCCUGCAUUGUAUUUUGUUGGACCAAAGAUUACUGAGUCUAUGGUCACAGAUCCUGAGUACAGUGAGUUGUUUAGGUUGAUGAGCACUUGCGGCCGUCUUCUCAAUGACGUCCAAACCUACGAGAGGGAGUACAAAGAGGGUAAACUGAACAGUGUCUCUCUGCUCGUGCUUCAUAGUGAUGGCUCCGUGACCAUACCAGAGGCCAGGAGGAAGUUGCAGAAGCCCAUAGACACGUGUAGAAGAGACCUACUAAGGUUGGUCCUUAAGGAGGACGAUGCCGUGCCUAGGCCUUGCAAGGAAUUGUUCUGGAACAUAUGCAAGACAUGCUACUUUUUCUAUUACCAGGGAGACGCAUUUAGCUGCCAAGAGGAGAAGGCCGGUGCGGUGGAUGCGGUGAUACAUGAUCCACUCCAACUCCCGAUGAAUCUACUCUCUGACCUUGAUUAUUCUACUUGGCGUGAGAGAAUAAAGAUCAAACAUUAAUUACUACUUCAUGUUUAUAUUGUUGUGCGCGUGUCAUUGGUGAAGAUGCAUA